GGGAAAAUCGUGGCGCAACCAAAGACGGUCUAGCUAGCUAGUCUCUUUGGUGCAACUUAACAAGCUUUUAAUAUUUUACCAUUACCAUUAGAUAAAUAAAUUCCCUUUUCUUCUAAGUAUCUGCUAUAUCUAAAAAAAGAAAAAUGUUUUACUACCCAGAUGUACUCCAUCGCCAUACUGGAUGUUUUGCCACAAUCUGGUUGGCAGCCACCAAAGGUAUCAGGAUCACUCGCAGAGAGCUUCUCAAAGUCAAUGUCAAGCGAACAUGCGGAGACAUUUUGGACUAUGUGACAGCUAAGGUUCUUCCACCGCAACAAAACCUACCGAAGCCUCGGUUCUCUCUCUACCUGUCAUCUCAGCUGCAGUAUGGAGUGAUUGUAGUCUACCACAGGCAGUGUGGCUUCCUGCUAGCGGAGGUUCAACAGACCAUUGACCGCCUGCUGCGCUCUAAAAAAUGCAUAAAUAUCGACAUGGCUGAGUCUGACAGGUUGGCCUUGAAUGUGCCUGACAGCCUGUACAUGAUGGAGGAGGCUGAGGGAGCUCAGGACCCCUUCUUCGGCCUCAUGGCAUCACACCAGCUGCCCAGCCCCUAUAAAACACACCAGCAAAUGUUGGCGAUUGGAGAGGCAGGUUCACAGCACUCCCUGGUGCCCAGCUCCUACACUUCACUUGACACAGAGGGUUUCAGGUCGCCUCCAGCUGCCAUCUCCCUGAGAGAGAAGGAGCAGUUUGUCAUCACAGCUGCUGAGUAUUUUGAGGGAGAUGACCUUCCUGAAGCUACAGCCAGAGAGAUUGACUUGUUGAUGGAUCAGCCAGACCAGUUCCGUGGAGAAGGGGAGGAUCGGCAGACAGACCUGGGAGCCAUGUCCUCUAUUGAUCUGCUGAAGGAGACGUUGCUGGGAGCAGAGCAGAGUGUGUGGCUGCCAGACGAGGAGUCGGCUCACGCCGUGGAGCGUCCUCCGGCAGCUGGAGACUUUGAGAUGACUCCGCUGCAGGUUGCCAUGCCAUCAGAGGGAGACAGAGCAACAGAAGGCUCCUAUGAAGUGGUGGGGGUUCCUCCUCUCAGGAAGCCCGGCGGACGUCGCAGGCGUCAGCUGGUCUUUGCCGACCCUCAGGUUCAGAUAUCUGAGAGAGCGAUGAAGGAGCAGAUCACUAACCCGCUGGCGGAGACACUGGAACUGUCCGAGGUAUUGCUGGACUUGCCCUACUUGACCAAGUGUGCCGCUCCUGCUCAGCUCUUCAGCGCCCCCUGUGGAUCCCUCAUCCAUGCUGACCUCCAGUCACUAUGGAAACAGUGUGCCUCACUCAACAUCCUGCCAGGACAUGGGGGACAACAGGGAGGGGAGGAGGAGGAGGAAGAGGAGGAGGCGAGAGGGGAGUCAGAGCAGGACAGAGAAACACUGAGGACAGAGAGGAAGAGGAGGCACUCAAGCAUGCGAGAGAUAUCCAGUGAGUCAGGACUGCCACCCGCAGACGGCUCAUCCUACACGUCCAAAGAGGACAAAUCCAUAAACGAUGUGGUCACUCCGGUCAGCAGAUGGUCCCCACAAGAGGAGGCGCAGCUCCGAAUGGCUCCCAUAGCGGAGGAGAACAUCGAGAUGCCCGAGGCUCAGACUGACACAGAACAAAGGGACAUGCUGAGCUGGAUCUCCUCCAGCCUGCAAAGGUUUGGGGAAGUCACCUUUGACUCUCUGGUGCCCCCGGAGGCCAACCGCACCACCGCAGCACACACGCUCUAUAAACUGCUAGAGCUGCUGUCUGCUCAACAGCUGACUGUCCGACAGACUCAACCGUUCAGGAACAUCUGCAUCAGGAUGGCCGCGUGAACACACACACAACAUACACACUAGAGUCCUGUAGAGGUACAGUUAAUAGUCUUUUUUUUUUUUUUGAUGAAUAUAAUGUAUGAAGUUAAUCCUUUGGCUUUUAGUGACGCAUUGUAUUAUUAUCAUCACAUCAGAUCUCUCAUGAUAUCUUUUAUUUAAAAUUUUUGUUAAAGGUGCCCUGCCACACAAAACCGUUUGUACUUGCAUUCUUUGAAAUA